CACAAGACACUGCGUUUUAAAGACAAGGAACAACAACAGCGAUUUCGUCGAUCGUGUAAUUUUCUUGUCGAAAUAUGGGAAAAAAACUGCGCAUAAAUAGUGAAGAAUGGGAGAAUUCCUACAUGAACCGAUGCUGUAUUUGCCUUGACAUUCGUACUGGUGUUAUAAUACUCGGCUUGACGCAUUUGGUAUUCCAAGUUGCUGCAAUUCUUGUAAUUUGUGAAGUUUUGGUGCACCCCAACACUUACGAUAAGGAGAGUCCGUAUGUCUCCAGUAAUCAUAUCAUGAAAGCUAACAAUUUUGCCUCACUUGCCAUAUCUCUGUUGCUUUUUAUCCUGACUGCUUUCAUGGUCUAUGGUACCAUUCAGCGUCGACCAGGUUAUCUUUUGCUUUUUUGUCUUCAAGUAUUUGACCUUUGUGUCUGUUUCCUUUUGCUGUUUGGAGCACUCACUAAUCAUGAUCAAGUUGUUGUAUGGCGAAGCAGGGUUUCACAUCAUUACCAGUACAUGAGAUUGGAUAAAGUUGAUCAAAGAUACCUUAUCGCAAUAUUUACUGCAAUCCUUGUCAUCAAAGCUUAUCUUGCUAAUUGUGUUUGGACUUGUUAUAAACUCUUCAUCCUUCGACUGAAGAAACUGAGUGAGGGUCAUGUUAUUCAAUACUGUACUGACAGUGAUUUUGAGGUUUUGUUGCCAAACUAUGAUGAUGCCACCAAGGAAACACCAAAAGAAUCUCCUCCGCCUUAUGCAACUUCUUAAUUUUUGCUAUUUCUUUAUUAAAUUCAGCAGACUUUGAUUCACUGGACAUAUUAUCAACGAACAAUAAUUACAAGGUCAUAAACUUGUAUUGAUAAUAUACAUUACUAACUACAUAGUAGAUUGUUGUCAGUAUUUUGUGUACUAUUAUAGAUGAAACUGCUGGGAAA